AUGUUUAUGGGUACUUCUGCUUUGCUGGUGUCAAUGUGUCUCGAAAUCUUUUCUCUCUCUCUCCUUCUCUCGGCUGAUGCCUAACUACAGCUCCCACAGUAGCCUCUCUAUCUCUUUACAAUAGGAAAAUGGCAUCUGCCUCGACUGACCAUCCUCUUUUGGAGCAGCUCAGAAAAGACACCAAAGUAUCCAAUGAUCCAGGUUAUUCAGUUAUCAAAGUACCCACGUCACCUGAGGGUCACAUGAUCAAGGUUGUGUGGCCGAGGACCAGUUUCCCGAGAGAGCUCCAUCGCUGGAACCUCCCCGAGGAGAUACUGAGUUACCUGAUUAGUUUCGAUGCUCACAAAGACUGGGUUACAACUCAGAGACAUACAAAGCCUCCUUCAGGGACCAUGUUACUUUUUGAUAAGAGAAAGACUAAGAAUUAUAAAGUUGAUGGAUACGAUUGGAAGACUCGGAAGCAUCAGGCGGCAUCAGUUAGAGAAGAUAGAACAAAGUUAAAAGUCUGUGGACACACACUCCUCUAUGCUCUGUACACUCACUGUGAAUCCAACCCUUCAUUCCACAGAAGAAUCUACUGGCUGAUAUCGAAUCCGUCCAUUACUUUAGUUCAUUAUCUUGAUGUUAGUGCCAGUGGAUCUUGUAGGAAAGUUACUCCGGCCAGUUUAAAAAGACAAUUGACCGACCAGGUUAAUCCUGAUGUCAUUGGAGGCCCACCGGUUGAUAGUACAGGGUUACUAGCUCUCAGCGAUGAGACUCUCUGUCGGUAUUUAUUAUCAAGUAAAGGCUCGUCAACCAGUCAGGUCUCACUAAAGAACCUUUUACAAAGCAUUCAUCAAUCCGCCCACACACUCUACCAGAAGGAGGGGCUUGUUACCACGGCAACCUUGAUCACUUACGUACAAAAGACGCUGUUUCCUAACCGAUGGAAUGAGCAAGAGCCUUUGGAUGGUAAUAUGGAGAGUUCUGAAGAAAUGACGCUAAGAGAUAACGUGGCUCUGUUUGAUCAAGCAAUGAAACUGAUUCAGUUACAAAGAGGCUCACCACAGCAGGUGCUACUGCCUAAAGGUACGACUGAGAAAAUGGCGUCAGCCGAUGUCUUGAGAGCAGCUGCUAUACUCCUAGCUCAAUCUGACAGUAAUAAGAGUACAGCUGAUGGGACAGAGUCUUCUGGAACAUCUAACAUAUCAUUAUCAUCAGUAUUAUCAAUAGUUCGGCCGUUAUUAGUACAAGCCACACCCACUACCUCUCUAUCCACUAGAAAUCAUUCCAUUCAUCAUCACACUCCCAAUAGAAUACCUGCCGUCACUCAGACCCCGCCCACUCCCGUCACAAUAGCCACGCCCACUAAUUCUCAAGUCUCUCCCGAUGAUUCUGAGUACCUCUCCUUCAUUCAUCCUCCGUCACUCGAAUCGCUCAAGGCAGUUCUCCCCCAACCUCUCGAUAUUGACUCCGCCCUCUCCUCCUCCUCCUCUGAUACAUGUACAUGUAUGGCGGAGGUCACUCAGUUUGCCGAGUCUUUGCUGACGAUGCGUCCACUGGAAGAUGCUCAACGUCUGAAACAACAAGAAACCAAUGCCGGUCAAAAAACCGGUUUGAAUACCAGUCAAACCAGUUUGGAUACCAGUAAUACCAGUUUUGCUAGUUCAGGCAAUAUCGAUAUGAGUUCUUCUGAUCUCUUUUCUGAUAAUUUCCUCGACCAUUUUCUGGACGAGUUAACCAAUGGUACAGUCCCGCCCACUCACGAUAACGACAUAUUGGGACAGUCAGUCCUUCAUAAUGAGUCUUUAGCCACGCCUACUUUUAAUGAGUCUUUAGCCACACCCACACAUAAUGGCUCGACUAAUGAGAUGUUGCAUAAUGGAUUGGCUCCGCCCACUUAUGAUAGUAUAAUUUAUAACGGGCUUGCCCCACCCACUCAAAAUGAUAUGUUACCGCCCACACACAAUCAGUUACCUGUAAACACUGCAAUGGAUGCUUCUACUGGCCACGCCCCUCAAAUUGACUCCGCCCAUGACGACUAUACCCUAUCAAGUCUUGAUCUUGAUCCAGAUAGUUUAAAGAUAUUAAUGGACUUGUACAACGAGGGUAGGGGAGAGGAACUGCCCCUUCCUCUCUCACCCACGUCACAAUAUAUGGCUUCACUUAAUGGCCAAGAGACGCCUAGCAACGUCAGCACUUUCAGUUCCCAUGGAGACGAAACGAGUUACUAUGGCAACGAGUUGGCAGUCUCCACGACUCCAACCAUGUAUGGUGAAAUGGCCGUUUCCAUGCCAACUAACCCCACCCCCAUGGCAGCGGCUAAUUCCAUUCCCAUGACAACCAGCUCUGUUCCCAUGCCAACCAGUCUCUCCUUGUUUGGUAAUUAUAGUUUCUUAGAACGGAAUCUUCAAUUCGCUAACUCGUUAUUGCAGCAGCCGCCACAUUUAGCCAGUAGUGUAACUCAGAGCCCUCACGUGUCACCACUGCAUGUUCCUCCUUUAUAUCGGAGCUCCUCCCCUGUUCAGUCUCCGCCCAGUCCUUCACAAGCAUCCAUAAGCUCUUUAUCAACUGCUGGCGGAGACUCGGAAUCAUCUCUGGUUGCUGAGUUGUGUGAGCUUAUGAGUGAAUCCCCUAAUGUUCAACAGGAGGACUUCUCUCACCUCUCUCUCUCCGGCCCAGAGCAGCAGGAGCUGCUGGAGGCUUCACGAGUGAUACAGAAGACACUGAGGAGAUGUAAAGAGAGACCUAACUCAAUGGUGACGUAUAAAGAGAAGAACGCUGCACUCCUCAUUGAGAGAUCUUACAAGAGAUACAGAGAGUUGAAGAGAAGGAAAGAUGAAGCAGCAAGAUGCAUUCAAGCUCAAUACAGAUUGUACAAACGGAGAACAGAGGAGCUCCAGAGAGCAGCUUUAUUCAUUCAACAGAUGUAUAGAUAUCAGAGAAGAAGGAGGAUAUCAAUGUCUUCCCUAGCCACUCACAGUCAGAGCAGUUCCAGUUCAUUUAAUUUCAGAUGAAUACAACUAAUACUACUUUAAUGUUAUCAUUACAAUCAAUCAUGUACUUCACAACUUCAUUGUAUUUUAAUCACAUAUAAAA